UAAAAUUAGAAUGUUUCGAAUAAGCAACUAUAGUUUGUUGUUGUUUUGUUACUCAAGUUACUAUUCUUUUGUGUGGGGUUUAAGAAAAAAUGCCACUAAAACUAUCAAAUGUCUGGAAGACAUGCUAAAUCAGUGUCCGCCUAAUUCUAUAUGUGAUGAUGGAACAUGCAUUUGUUUGAAACAGUUUGUUUAUAAUACCGAUUUCAACGAAAUCGACAAAACGGAGCUUUGCAUCAGCCGAGAUGCAGCGCAGUCUGCAGCAGACAAUAAAUCGAUCACCUUCGAUAAAGUUUUCAAAGAAGCUCCCGAGACUCACCAUAUCCUGGGUGGAAUUUUGAUUCCAAUAUCCAUAGUGCUAGUGAUGCUAUCAGCCAUUGUCCUAACAAAGAAAUUGCAUCUGCUGCAAAAAAUUCGGCAAAUGAUCUUUUCGAGCCGCGCGAGAAGGCCCGCAUAUGAAGAUGUUGUUUUAGUAGGCUAUGAACAAUAAUUCCAAAGAAUCAAGGAAGGAAUAUGUAUAAUUGCAUUGUUAUAUGAAUACAUAUAUACACGCACUAUAUAUGAAUAUAAACAAGUUCAUAUAUAUGAAUUAUAUAUAGUAUUUAUAUAGGUAUAUGAUUAUAUGUAGCUCCGAACGAAAGCAUCACAGAAUGUUUUUUGCAACUUUUGAAUCCUUACGCGACGUGACUGAAUCACUAAAAAAAUGUACAUUGCAAUCAAUCAUAUACAUUAUAAACGAUUAAUGUGUAAAGAAAAUUAAAUCGCGUCUAUGAAUGUCAAGUUAAUUAUGAUCAUCAGUGUUAUCACCUUCAGUUGUAUAUAGUACGGAAUAAAAUAUAUAUUGUAUAUAUAAAAUUAACUAACAAUAUUAUGGCAUUGUAAUCAAUAGCAUUUAUUCUGACAAUGCAAUAAUG